AGUGCUGUUGUGUUUCCAGUUCUCUGCAUACACAUUAAUUACAGAUGCAAGGGAAACAUACAAUGACGCUACUGAAUAUUUUAAAAACAACCCAAAAGCCAAAACCACUUCAGCUUGAAUUCAUGUUAUUCUGACGUUUCAAUUUAACACUGCACAACAGAUUGUGUCUUAGCUUGAAAAGAUAUUAUCUAUUGCAGAAUUGAAGAUCAUACUUUUCAAGUAUUAAGAGCCUGUGUAUCUCCCCUAUAAUCAGCAAAAAAAUGUGUAUAGAAAUUGCGAUCUUACCAGUGGUGAUAAAUCAAAUAGAAAAAAAGCCCAUGACUGUUAUCUUUUUCCAAGUUUUAGCAUUGUUUCACCAAAAUUUUAAAAGAAUAUAUACUUGAGAGAAUUUAAAAAUACUGACUAAAAGGUAGCUAGAAGGACCCUCUUUUUUAUGCCAAGGCCAUUUCUCUUUGCUGACUACAGAUUACUUACAAGUUAUUAAAGAGAGGGAAAUAGAUUAAUGCUAAAAUAAAGAAAUCUAGUGCCUGAAUCAGGAAACUGGGAAGAAAACCUGAUGCUCUGAAUGCCCACAGUACUUAACAGUGUGGAUCACAGGAUUAAUUCUAACAUUAAAUAAAAUACUUCAGUGGGUUUCUUAGAAAAAACCAGAAACUUUGUAUAAAAUUCAGCUAUGUGCUUUUGGAAAUGGAAAUGGUUAGCCACAUCUAAGCAUCUGGCAUCUAGACUUCCUUGGAAGAGAAAGGAAACUGAGUAUGUCUAUUGAAUGUGAGAAUAAAAUAUCUUUUUUGCCAAACCCAGUACAAAUCAUCAGUGCCAAGGCAAAGUGCUUUCCAAAAAGCUUGGAUGGAGACCACUAAGACUUAUUUUAAUCAGAUGUAAGGAAAAAGGAAUAUCAAGCUCUUAUUUCAUGUUAAUACUUGUUAGCUAAAACCCACCAAACAAAACCUCUGCAUACUUUAAAAAAAGUUUAAUUGAUUAAACUGUGCUGCAGUUUGUCAUAGAGCUGUUUAAUUUCAUUCUAGUUUUGACAGGAACUCUUGGAAAUCCUUAUUGAAACUGAUUACCAAAAGAUACUGGUUUACCCUCUUAUCAGUUGUACUGUCUAGUACCUAAGUCUUUUACCUCUAAAUAACUCUAUUUACAAUAGUUUUUAAGGUAAGCAGGAACUAAGAGCUCUGUAAAGCUACUGAAAUUUAUUAUGGCUGAAAUGCAAGAGACAAAUCUCACAGCACACUCUCCAUGCCUCAGCAAACACAUUUAAAUAUAGAUAAGAGGAUAAGUUUCUAAUAGAAAUGGUACAUUUUAGUGCUCAUUCUCUGUGUUUGAACCUACAAAGAUAAAGAGCUGCUGCAGAACAGACCAAAAGAACAAAGUCACAGGACACAGCAACAUUCAUAUGAGGAGCCUAAGGCUCAGGAGCUUAGAGUAUUAGUAAGAAGGGAGGAGAGGAAUAGGUGAGUGCUUAUGAAAUAAGCUAUUACUGUGCUAAGAAUCUGAAUCUUUUGUCUGCUUCUUCUAAACAAGCUGAUAAAUAUACCCACGAAAGCACUUAUUGCACCCCAGUGAAAAUAAUAAAAUUUGUGUGUACCACUGCAUCUUCCUACUUCCAGUGCCCUCCUCUGACAAAAUCCCAGACUGAUAUCAAAAUUUUCAUCACAUUUUAUAAAAUUUCUGACCAUAUUUCAUUUCUUAUGUUCUAGUUAGUUCUAGAAAUUUCAUGUGUCUGAAGUAUCUCCAUGUAAGGAAUAUGGAAACCUUUAUUUUAGCAUUGUUUCCAAGUACUUUUGAAAUUUUGUAAAGACAAACAAAAUUCCCCAAAGCAACAGAAAAAUAAUCAACCCACUCCCCUAACCCAGCCCCCAUUAUAACAUUGUGGUACUACACAUCUUCAGCAUUAGCACUUCUGAAGAGUUAUUGAGAUAAAGAGGAAAAGUUUUCCCUUUUAAUUAUUUUUUCUUUCAUUUCAAGGCAGUCUUCCUUUCACUCAGAAGAGUUUUCUUUCUCUGUCCCAUCCCUGUAGGGAAGUACAAUUAUACUUUGACAUGUCUCUCUCAACUCUUCCCAGCUGUAAAUGAUGUUGGCAAUUCCAUAGGCUGCAGCUCUCUUGUGAGGCUUCCCUGCUGUUAGCUUGCUUUUUUUUUUUUUUUCCAUCUAGUAAAACAUAGUGGAUUUUCUGCCUUUUUCAUUAUAAAAGUAAUGUUAUCCAUGAAGUACCCUUUUACUUAAAUAAUCAUUUUUUUUCUUUAUUGCUUUCUCUGUGAUCCAUUUAAAAAUCAGUCUUUGUUAAUGGAUCUAUGGCCUCUGAACAUAUUUUCUAGCCUCUCUGAUAGUAUUCUCUGAUCACCUUCUCCUUUCAGACAUGAUAAAAGGAGUAAAGGAUACAAUCCUUAUUCAUCCGGAAUUAGUGAGAGUGGAACAAAAUGUUGAGAUUUCUGUGAUGAUGAGAAUUCUGGGGCCAUUCUCCAAAGACUUUUCUCCUCUGGGUAUUUUGCAGUUGCAUAGACACCAUCUAAGCUUCCAAAAAACUCACCUGCUCUUUAAUGUAGCUCUAGGAAGAAAGCCAUUAAGAGCCAAGACUCUUAGCAGAAAGCAUGUCAGGCUUCUGCAAGCAGCACCAGUGCAUCCCACCUAGUCAAGUGUCUGACUCAUGGGGUAGUCUGAAGGCUUUGUAGUAUGUGAUGAUUUGACUAAUGGUCUGGUUUCCUUGUAUCUUGUUUCAUCCUCUCCUUGAAAAGUGAAUUACAUGCAAGGUGCCUUUGCCUGCAGUGUCUUUUUCUAACAUUUUGUUUUGCCUUCAUCUUCUCUCCUCUCUACAAAAAGAAAAUUGCUUCUAUAUUAAGUCAGGAGAUUUGUGACACUCAGCUGUCGAGAAUGUUAAUGCUGUUGUAUCAAACUGUUUCCUAUGAAAGUUUAACAAAUAAAGUAAUUAAAAUUUCUCAUGUAAUCUCCAUAUUUUAUUACUGAUUACUUUUAAAGUAGGAACUGAUAUGAAGAAGCCUGGUGUUACAUUAAAUUACAUCUCAGUUUUACCCUAACCAUUGUACACAAUUUGAAGGCUUGCUUCAACAUAGAGUCCAUCAGUUAGUCCAUGGUUCUAAAGUGCAGAGCAUAAUCACUUGUCUGCACCUUCAUGAAGGGAUGCAGAACAUCCAAAUGUGUGAGGGAUGUAAGUGUUGCAGGAUUAUAACGUAUCUCAGAGAGGGACACCUGACUUUACACUGCUGCAGUUACAUGAUGCACUAAAUCUCUCCCCAUCACCAGCAAAGAGCUGCCUUGCAGAAUGGGAGCAAUGGGGAGAAGUGGCAGAUUUGUCCUGCUGUCUUUGUACAUUCACCAGGGUGAGGAGACUCCCUAUAGCACAUCUGCCUUUUCAUGUAACCAGCCCUGUGACUGCAUAACAAAUUUAACGUUGAGUCUUCCAAAACUGCAGACAUGUUGAGAUAGUCCAAGUUAGAAGUAUGGUCUCUCUAAAUUUCUUUCCAUUUCAGCUCUAGAGGGGGAACAUGUUCACAAAACGUAGUAAUAUCCUGGGGAGCAUUAUGCCCUGCAGGACUCAGUAGAAAAAGGCUCAUAAUCCAUUUGUAUUAAUGCUGAGUAGUAUCUGUAAAGUGAGGCAACAGCCUACAGCAAUAAACAGUGAACUUUGUAAUCCACCAGCUCCAAACACUUUGAACUGACCAGUCUGCUAUGAAAACAGUAGCAUUUGCCACAAAUAUUUGCACAUAUUUGAUACUACAAAAUUACACGUGGCUGAAAGACUAUUGAUUUUUUUUUUUUUUCCUCUGCUUGUUUUGAUUCCCUAGAACAAUACGUUGCACAUAAUGUUUUGGGGCUUGUCCCUUCUGGGAGUCCAUGCUUUUUCAGAUCAGACUGAGUAAUUUUGAAAGUUGUUGCUGCUGUAUUGAUUUUCUGCCCAAAUCCAUUUUGCUAAGUAAACCGAUAGAGGAAGUAGGGCUUGUGAUCAUCUCACAGACACAAUAGACAAGCCCUAGUCCCUUCCAGAACUCCAAGGCUUUAUAAUUUUUAAAUCUGAUUUUUAUUAGACCUAGGUGACCUGUAAAAUAGGAAAACUUCAGAUCUGCUGGGUAAGAUGGAAUAAAAAUAAACAAGUUUGCAAACCCAUUUUCCCUUACUCCUUGUGUCCUUGCAGGGGCGAGUCCUUCCUUUGCUGUAAGCUUUUACUCUGUUAACUCACCAGCCACAAAAUUCCUGCAAUCCCUUCGUGUUUCAUGAGAAAAUGCCUGUAGUCUAUUUCCAGAAAGACCCAGCCUGCCCACACCUCUUCCCACAGGGGGCAAGCCAGCCCACUGUCCCGUCCUGGGGACCUGCUGCCUCUGUGGCUCUUGUAGGUGCCACUGAGAGGGGCGACUGUGAUGCCGCAGGGCCCAGGCCCGGCCGAUGCAGCUCGCCCUCCUCUCCCCUCCCACCUCCCAGCCCCACUAAAGGCCUCGCUAAGCGCUCUGCCUGCUCUGUCCCCCGCCCCAGGAACAGGAGCUCUCCGUGCAGGAUGGUCAGCCAGGGAGGCGAGCAGCGGGAGCUGUACUUGGCACAGCCGGUAACAUGCAUUUGGAACAGGAAUGAAUACAGAUGACACGAGAGCAAUAUAUAUUAGCAACACAACAGAACAGCCUUCCAAGGACUGAACAUCCUCAGUUUUACCCAGUAGGGAUUUAUGGAUGGCGAAAGAGGUGCUUAUACUUCUUUGUCCUUCUGCUGUUGGUUACCAUGAUUGUUAAUUUAGCAAUGACAAUAUGGAUUUUGAAGGUUAUGAAUUUCACAGUGGAUGGAAUGGGAAAUUUGAGAGUCACUAAAAAAGGAAUACGACUUGAAGGAAUAUCUGAAUUUCUACUUCCACUAUAUGUGAAAGAAAUCCAUUCCCGAAAGGAUAGCCCACUGGUCUUACAGUCUGACAGAAAUGUAACAGUGAAUGCAAGAAAUCACAUGGGACAGUUAACUGGACAACUGACAGUAGGAGCUGAUGCUGUGGAAGCUCAGUGUAAGAGAUUUGAAGUGAGAGCAAGUGACAGUGGAAAAGUAUUGUUUUCUGCAGAUGAAGAUGAGAUUGUCAUUGGAGCCGACAGACUGAAAGUAACAGGCACGGAAGGGGCAGUGUUUGGGCACUCUGUGGAGACACCCCAUAUCAGAGCAGAACCUUCCCAAGACCUCAAACUUGAAUCUCCUACUAGAUCUUUGGUGAUGGAAGCACCCAGGGGAGUGCAAGUCAACGCAGCUGCAGGAGACUUAAAGGCUACCUGUAGGAAAGAACUGCACUUACAGUCCACAGAAGGGGAGAUAUUUUUAAAUGCAGAUACAAUCCGCCUGGGAAAUCUACCAGUGGGGUCCUUUUCAUCCUCCUCCUCCUCCUCCUUCUCCUCCUCCUCCUCACCCAGCUCUUCAGCCCCUCGCCAGACAAUCUAUGAGCUCUGCGCCUGUCCCAAUGGUAAACUUUACCUGUCCCCAGCAGGAGCAGGCUCCACAUGUCAAUCCAGUAGCAACAUCUGCUUGUGGAGCUAGAAUGACUCCGUUUUAUCCUCACACCAGAAUAGCCUUUUGUUACUAUCCCUCUGCUUCACAGUUCAGUUCGGUUUCCCUUGUGACAAGUUCGACACUUCAAACGGCCUGCAGAGCAACUUCUUCCACUGUAAGCAGGAAUACAGCGCUGCCUUCUCUUGUGGUUUGUGCUGCCACUCAACACAGAGAUGAGAGAGAGAGAUAUCCAGAAAUCAAUGUAUUCUUCAUCAGGAAACCUAGAACAUAAGAUCACCUUAUUUUCCAAAAGGGACAAUAACACAGGUGCCUUUGCUACUUGAAGUGAAGCACAUAGUUUUAGAUUUUUGCAGGACCUGGAUAUGAACUGCACAUAAAUAUAUAUCUAGAGAGAGAGAGAGAGAGUACAUGAAUUUUCCCAGAAUCUGAUGGUGAGAUGAAUUGGUUCCCCUUGUAUGAUAUAUAACUUUACUGUCUGAAAGCACAAUUUUCCAUUCAUCUUUUUGGAUGUAAACUUUUAUCCCUGAAUUUUAAAAUUUUAAAGCAUUGUGUGAUGCUUGCUUUACUAAACAAAUUCAGUAAAUGGUUUUUAAUACAAAAAGAGACAGAAUUCCUCCCUGAGUUUGGUUUCUUUAAAAAUGUGUUGUUACUAUUUGUCUACUAAGUCUAGGGUUUUGUACACUAGGUAAAUUUUGGAAGUGCUCAGCAAUAUUACUUUAAAAGUUAAAAAUACAUGCUCUUGUUUGUCAGAUCUGAAUGACCUUAUAUUUUCAUGACCAUUGCAUGUGAAGUGAUUGCUUUAAGUAGAACAUACAGUUUCUGGAAAAGAAGAACAGGGUAUAAAAGGAAAUUCUGAUGAUAUGUUUGUUGAUCAGUGUAUUACUCUUCACAAGGUUCUUAUAAUUGGCAAAUACAAAACCAAGAGAGAAAUCUUCAAAGGUACAUCUUGCCCAUUUUCUGACUAUGUUUAACUGCUGCCACUUGAACACAGUACAAACAUUGUUAGUAAUGUAAAGUGUGAUGCUGAGAAGCAGUGCACUAACAACUUGUAUGACAUUCACAUUUAUUAUUCUCUUUUGUUUACUGUCUACUGCUGAGGUUUCAAAGUAAUAGUAGUAUAUAUAAAAUCACAUAUUAAAUGACAUUCAGUAUUAAAAAGUACAUCGAUAUUACCUUGACUUUACCAGGUCUGUGUUUAAAUUAUGCAGCCACAUUUGCACUGAGAUCUCACUACUGACUUUGUUUUUUGACAAGUUUCAUGUGGGAUUUCUUUCUUGUAUCAAUGUUCAUAUUUAUGUGGCUUGAUUGGUAAUUGAAAUCUUAUAAGAAAUGCUUUGGUAUGCUGCUGGUAAAAUUGUCACAACAUUGAUUAACAAGAGUAUCUUGAAACUUGCAGAACCCAGGGAAGUAAAACAAUAUAAAAAUGUUUCCUAAUGUGGAAGAUGGCUUGAUUGUGUGAGGUAAGUAUGUUUUUUAACUCUAUUCUUUAAAUUCACCUAGCUUGUAUUGUUAGAGGCUUCUGAAUCAAAGAUCACCAGUGAUAUGAGAGCUUUUGCAAAGUAAUUCUAAAGCCAGGGGAGAUGGUGCAAGGUGGGUAUUUCCAUACACUUUUUUUUUUUUUUUUUUAGAGAAAAUAAAUGAAAAUUAGUAAACUAGUAUGGUGAUUCCCUUGGCAUCUUAUUAACACCUAAUAAGGCUGACUUUGUUUUCACUUCAGGUGAAAUUCACUCCUAUGCAGAAGACCAGCACAAGACGUGUCAAUGGCUUGACUGGUGCUUGCCUUACCAUUGGCCCUCUUCAGAGGCGUGAAUUUUACCUCAUGGCAAGAAUUCUGUAUUUGCUGGUUUUAACAGUUAAAUGAGGAUUUUAAAUUUAUUAUUUUAUGCCUUCAAAAGAAGGCUGGUAACAGCUGACUUGUUGUCUGAGAUUGUUUUUCUUUGAAAGAAAAUAUACUAGAAAAUAUUGCAAACAAAUGUAUUAGAGCAUGAGGAUUUUGAAGACACUAGAAGGGACAAAAAGAGUUACAGAUGACAAAGAGGAUGACAAUAAAACAUUAGAAAGUGUAGCCACACAAGACAUCCUUAUAACUGGGAUUUAUAGGGAUAUAGAUGUCUUUUUCUUAUGCACACAAGUAGUAGAAUGGUAGAGUGAUAGCCAUGAAUUUCAGAAGGGAAAGUAUAAAGAUAUGGAUGAGGACACAUCUAUGUGUAUUCAUUAUCUGUGCACUCCUACAUACACCUGUUGCUUAAAAGAUGAACAAAUAUAAUGACCUAUCUAAAUCUAUUUAUAUUUAAUCUGAAUUAAAAUGUGGCUUCCUACAAAUUGGAUAAAAGUAGCAAAAAAGCUGAGGAGCUUUUCUUCUCCACAAAAAAACCUGCAGGAUAUCUUGCAGAUAUUUUGUCAAGAAUUUUCCACUGAAAAAUUCUUAUUUGCUUGUUCUUCACUUUCUGAGACUAUUUACCUGUUAUUCAUUUAAAAAAGGUCUCUGUUCACUGAUGGAAGGACCCAAACUUAAUAAAUUUCACACUGACUUGGUUGGGAAUGGGCAGGUAGAAAAAAAAUAUAUUUUUUUACUAGAUUAAUUUUAACAGCAAGACUGAAAUAAUUUGCCACUUUGAAUGAAGUCAGAAGACAUAUGUGGAUAAUACAUUGGACUCCUAAAUAACAAGCCAGUAAAUUCACAUAGCUCUGCACUGUCAGGAUAUUCAUUACUGGAGUCCCAUCAGUAUGAAGUAGAGUAUAUUUAAGACAUUGAACAACCUAUGGGAUAGAAUAGCAAGUUCUCAUUAUAUGUUAAUAAUCUGGUGAAUUUCAUAAUAUUGAUGUUUACUUUAAAUCCACUGAAAACUGUAAGAAGGGAAUUAAACAUUUUUUUAUUUCAAAAAGUAUUUCUAGCCCACAUGAUUUCAGGGAGUAUUGGAAAAGUGAUUUCAGUGCAUUAACCAUAUUAAAAAAUUAAGAUGCCAUCCUUAUGACAACAAUGAAAUAUCUGCAAAGACCUUAUUGGCUACAUGUAUUUAAUAUAUAUGAUAGAUUUAUUUCCUGUAAAAAGUAUUUGUGUCAUAUUAUAGGAUACUGUCUCUUUCUUGGUUUUUUCCUUUAAAAAAAAAAAGAAGAGAAAAAUAAAAGCAUCAGCCAACCUCUCUGAGCACUGUCAGAUGUAUGGUUUGUAUUGCAGUUCAUUCAUUGGUUAAGUGUUAAGACCAAAGACAGACACUUCUAUUAUAUUCAACACUAUGACACUGCUGUUUCUACUAAUUCUGUUGGAAUGAAGAGAUGAAAAGUUGUAAUUACAACAUGAAAUGUAACAUAGUUUAGAUCUGUGCAGCAUUUUGAGCUGUAGAUUUUCAAUUUUUUCCAAGAUUUAAAUUUUUUGUUGGUGUCUUGCAAUUACAUUACUAUUCAUGCAUAUGGGGGUCUUUUGGAGUUCCUAAGAAAACAUGCCAAGACAUUGCUUCUAUGAAUUGAAGUUAUACUGGUUUGCUUGUAAAAUUGGCUUGACUGGAUAAAAUAAUUUGCUUUCAACCAUUUUAGAUGCAGAAUUAAUAAGUCUGGAAGAUACAGCCAUAAAUGUCUAGAAGGAUGAAUGAACGAUGUUUAAGAUAUUUGGUUCAUAACACAAUGUAUCUUUUAGGGUUUUUUGGUUUUUUUGUUUUGUUUUGCUUUGUUUUUAGAUUCCAAAAAACUGCCAAAUAAAAAACAAAUUAAAAACCCACAAA